AGAGACGAACAGGAUCCAAUAUCAAUCAUCUUCAACUACAAUUCAAAAAUACCACCAAAAGAAAUGUCAACUCCAAGCCAGAAUGAACUCAACAAGAUGGCCCGCCAGGCCGAGGCGGACCUGAACACGUACGAGGCCAAGGUCGGACACGACUUCCGGACCGGCGCCGGCUUCGACGCAGGCGUCAACACCAAGGCGGAGAACAAGUUCCCCAGCGCCGAGGUGCGGUACGGCGAGGACCUGACCACCGAGGUCGCGCGGGGACGCCAAGACGACCCGGACGCUGCCGACAAGGAGGCGCAAAAAGCCAGGAGCAAAGGCGAGCUCGGCUCCAACAAUGCAGCAGAGGCGAGGGACGAAGGCAAGGAUAUCCUCACUCAGGGUUUGGCAGCCUCGCGCAACAACGUCGGCACGAACCCCCCAGGCCCUGGCGGCAGCCAAUUCAGUGGUUCAAAACCAAACAACCCGAGGGAUGUACCUGGGAGGCUUGACGCUGAAGGCUUGGCACCGCCGAGCAGCGUGACUGAGGUGUCGGAAGAGGCAGCAAAGUCUAGCAGGUGA